UAUUGGCCAACUCUUGGGCCGAGGGGUGUCCCCUCUUCAUCACUACCAAGCCCCGGGGCCCGCAGCGGUUGAGAGCUGCUGCGAUUUAACGCUUCAGCACCUGCUGCCGCUGCGGGGAGCGGUGUUAGAGCUUCGGCUCUGGUUUUUUUCUCGUGCUUUGGGUACCACAACAACCGCCACCGUGUCUCGCCAACGGGCCAAGAUGUCCAAAGUUGCCAAAUAUCGGCGACAAGUUAGUGAAGAUCCGGACAUUGACAGCUUGUUGUCGACUCUGUCUCCAGAGGAGAUGGAGGAGCUGGAGAAGGAGCUGGAUGUGGUGGAUUCGGACGGAAGCGUCCCUCUGGAGCAGAGUCAGAAAAACCAAACGGAGAAUUCGCCAACCGGCCCGCAGAACUGCGAGGCGGUGCUCAACCACCGUGAGAAGGAGACCAAGAAACGCAUCCAGAGGGAGCACUCGAUAGACGAAACCAGACUGGCCGAGAAGAAGCAGGAGGCCAAGAAUGGAGAAGAAAAGGGAAAGGAAGCUCCUGCCAAAGACCUGGCCCGGAAACGAGAUACAGGAGUGGGGAAAGACUCGAAAAAGGAAGAAAGUGCUCAGAAGACAGACCCGAAGGUUAAAGCUGAGGCUGAGAGCAAAACCAAGGAUGGGAAAGCCAUCAAUGACAAGGUCAAGGCCAUGGAGAAAAAGCUGAUGGGGAAGGACAAGAAGGAGGAAGAGAAGGAUUCAGCGGUCAAGAAGGAGAAGGGGAAGGACAAAAAGGAAGAGGAGAAGGGCUCAGUGUUAAAGAAGGACACAGGGAAGGAUAAAAAGGAGGAGGAGAAGGGCUCAGUAUUAAAGAAGGAUGCAGGGAAGGAUAAAAAGGAGGAAGAGAAGAGCUCAGCAGAGAAGGAGACAGGGAAGGACAAGAAGGAAGAAGAAAAGGGUUCAGCACUGAAGAAAGGCACGGAGAAGGACAAAAAGGAGGAGGAGAAGAGCUCAGGAUCAAAGAAAGAGGCAGAAAAAGACAAAAAAGAAGAGAAGAAAGAAAAAGACAAGAAAGAAGAAGAGAAGAAAGAAAAAGAUAAAAAAGAAGAGGAAAAGAGUUCAGAUCUGAAAAAAUCAAAGGCAGAUGAGAAGGAGAAACCUCAGCCAGAGGCAGAAAAGGCAGCGGAGGAGAAACAGGAGGCCAAGGCGGCGGCCGAGAGCAGCCCCUCCAAGCCCGCCACCGGCAGCUCCCCGGACCAGGCCAAGGAAGACGAAGCUUCCAGCAUCUUCGAUGAGCUCAUCGAGAAGGUGAAGAACAACGACGCCGAGGUGACCGAAGUCAACGUGAACAACUCGGACUGCAUCAACAACGAGACCCUGGUGCGCUUCACCGAGGCCCUGGAGUUCAACACGGUGGUCAAGCUGUUCGCGCUGGCCAACACCCGCGCCGACGACCACGUGGCCUUCGCCAUCGCCAUCAUGCUCAAGUCCAACAAGGUGCUGACGAGCAUCAACCUGGACUCCAACCACAUCACGGGCAAGGGCAUCCUGGCCAUUUUCCGGGCGCUGCUGCAGAACAACACGCUGACGGAGCUGCGCUUCCACAACCAGCGGCACAUCUGCGGGGGGAAGACGGAGAUGGAGAUCGCCAAGCUCCUGAAGGAAAACACCACGCUGCUCAAGCUGGGCUACCACUUCGAGCUGGCCGGGCCUCGCAUGACGGUCACCAACCUGCUGAGCCGAAACAUGGACAAACAGAGGCAGAAACGCCUCCAGGAGCAGAAACUGGCACAGGAGCGCGGGGAGAAGAAGGACCUGCUGGAGGUGCCCAAGGUCGGAGCCCCGAAGGGGUCCCCCAAGGGGUCCCCGCAGCCAACCCCCAAGGCUUCCCCCAAAAACUCUCCCAAGAAAGGGGGAGCGCCCGCCGCGCCGCCCCCGCCUCCUCCUCCGCUCGCCCCGCCGCUGAUCAACGAGAACCUGAGGAACUCGCUCUCGCCGGCCACGCAGAGGAAAAUGGGAGACCGGGCGCUGCCGGUCCAGGAGAAGAACUCACGGGACCAGCUCCUGGCGGCCAUCCGCUCCAGCAACCUCAAACAGCUCAAGAAGGUGGAUUUACCGAAGCUGCUGCAGUAGGGAGCGGGACGGCUUUGCCCCCGCAGCCCGGCGUGGCAGACCCCGGGACUCUCGCCUUCCUCGUGACUCUUGCCAUGACGAGCCCUCUGGGACCCUGCAGUGACCGACGCCGAGGAGCAGCGAUCUCUCUGGGACUGACGGAGGAAGGGCCGGGCCCGAGGAGGGCCAGCACGGCCGUUCGAUGCAGUGUGUGAGGAAGACCUUGUAUUUAUUGUUGUUACGGUUGCGAAGCCCUCAAGCUCUCUCUUCUGCCAGCA